AGGCUCUGGCACUGUUUCCCGUUUAGGCAAAUUCACCUAAAUCUGUGCUUUAUCAUUUUCCCGUCCCCCCUCUGUUUUCACUCAAAUCUUGUACAUUAUUUAACUAUAGUAGUACUAGUUUCAAGGUCAAGCAGAAGAUAUCAAGAGGGAACGGUUUCCUCGAGUGUCAAAUUUUUCAUGACUUGAUCACAACAAAGAAUUAUAAAGUACGAGUAAAAUUGGUGUUCCUAGUCGUCUAGACCUUUAUGGUUAGACUUGCUACUUAGUGCUCUUAAACGGAUUGCGCCGAUUGCCUCAACAUCCGUAUCGUUGUAUCGAUCCAACUACAUAUAAUUUGAUUUUGAUGAAUGAAUUUAAUUGUUCAACAAAAAACGAGCAGCAGAAUAAGAAACUAUACAGAUCAUGUUGAUGAAAAAACUACUAUGACAAAAUCGUUGAUUACAUCUAGUUCAUCUUCGAUGAAGGGAGUCCGAGUGCGGAGUUGGGCGAACCUCGCGGAGGUCGUCCGGAAGCACUACGUGGUCCCGGAUGCCGUUUCCGGACCAACCAACGCUCAUUCUACACAGCGGCGCUUCGAUGACCCUACUGCUGGAGCUCAGGUUGUGCUUUUCCGCGACAAUCAUGCUUGGUGUCCGUACUGUCAGAAGGUGUGGCUUUUUCUAGAGGCAAAACGCAUUCCUUACGACGUGAAGAAAGUAACGAUGUUCUGCUACGGAAGUAAGGAGGCUUGGUACAAGAAGCUGGUGCCAAGCGGAAUGCUUCCAGCACUCGGCUUUCUAGAAGCAGCUCCGUCAUCUUCCGCUAGUGGCAGCAAGAGAACCUCUUCAUCGAGCCAAUCAGUGUCGUUCGAGUACUUCGUCACGGAAUCCGACGAUAUUUUAGCGGAACUAGAGCACAAAUUUGGGACGCUUGCGGGCACUCGAAGCCUCACUGACCCGGUGACGCUAGAGGGCAGAAAGCUGGAACGCAUGCUUUUUUCGGCCUGGUGUCAGUGGCUUUGCAACCCCAAUUGUCCGGAUCGACAAGGGCAAGCAGGCUUCCAAUCAGUAGUCAAGCGACUUGAGCAGUAUCUGGAGAAGGUGAACAAAGGUCGUCCAGGAGUUAAGGCCUAUAUUUAAUAGAAGCAGAGUACUAUUUUUGAACACUAACUCCAUGGCUUGACUUUUGGUUUUUACCUUAGAAAAGGCAUGCGUCUUGCAAUCACACUCGUGCGAAAAAAUUCUUUCUGUCGGCCUUGAGCACUAGCCUCAACCUCCCUCAUUGCAUUCCGCACGCACUACCACUCUUGACUUGUUUUCCAAUAGGAACGAUGAAGUUGUUCAAGGUGUUUAUUUGUUCCAUAACUUACUACGUGAAAACAAGUCAAGAACCAUCUGAGGAAUGCGAUGGCAGAAUCUCUAAGGCACGAAACCCAGAUCAAGCUCCACCAAGGUACUUUUUCAGUGGGGGAGAUGGAAUGGGAGUGCUUGAUUGCGUGGUGACUCCAAUGUUGGAACGAAUGUGCGCCAGUCUCUUCUACUACAAUUAUGACUCAAGUGGCAGCAACUUGAACAAGCCUCGUAAAUUUAUAAUAGCACCACGACCUCCCCCUCUUUAGUGUCGUGACUGUAAAUCUGUAUUUGUAAAUUCGAGACGAGGGAGCACUCAUUACAACUUAGAAGGAUAGUAACUUCUUGAUGUACUCGAAAACUGAAAAUAACCGAGUUACUGACUGAAGUAAGGGAGGUAGCUUUGACAGGGCUACUCUUCCUUGUUCAAUAUCUCGCUUAUUUUAUGUAGUUUUUACUCGCUUAUUUCAGUUUAUCGAAUAGUUCAAAUUCAAUAUGAUAAUGUUGAUGUUGUGCCACAGACUCAGACGAUGGAUUAGGCUUCUUGGUUCCUCAGUACUAUUAACCACAUCUUCAUCACGUCUGUUCUAAUCUGUGGGUUUUGAUUUGCGACGCGAGCAUUCAGGCAUUGACCGUUGGUUUGCAUCGAUGGAGUCGCUUCCUGUGUAUCGCGGUACAAAGAGCGACUUUCAUACGCAUGUGCACGAUUUGCCGCCUCAGUUAGGAGGAUGCGCCACGGGUAAUGCCGCCUCAGUUCCCGACUGCCAGCGCCUGGUGAAUUUCGGACUCCUCGAUGGGGGUGUCACGAACUACACCAACAAGGCGCUCUUCGGUGGCGAUGAACGUACUACAAUUCCGGAGCCACAAGAUGCGCGUUUAGAGGCUGUCUAUCGAGUGUUGCGCCACAAAGAGCGGCUGCAGAAAGCGAAUCCCAUGGGGGGGUUAGCAUCCUAUGACGUAUUGUUGCGGUGGACACUCUCAAAACUCGUUGACGAGCAUCUCGCUACACGGCAAAACGAGCAACAUUAUGAUUUCUCAGCUUGUAGUUCAACAUCAGGUUUAUAAAUAUGUAUUGGUGUGCGUCGACCAGUCUUCUAGCCUUGUGUUUGUGAGCGUCAUAGAUACUAAAACUAAUCUUAGCUUCGUCUCAGAGUCAGACUAGAUGUACUUGUCUUUACUAAUCUACGCAAGGGACGAGCGAGGUGGAAGGCGACUUGUUAGACACAAGCAAGCUCGAAGUAGAGGCAGCUGUCGGCAUGAGGUAUAUUCGCGAUCGAAUAUCGAUACCGAGAGACAUGGGCCUAUGGGCGGGAAGAUAUCUGCGUCUAGCACUUGCCGAAGUAGCAGAAUUGGCGGACGAUAUUUGUGGAGCGGGCAAGGAUGCUGGAGCAGCCUACCCUAUCCCGACGCAGCACCGACGGGAUACUGACCCAGCGCGAUUUUACUCGUAGGCGGACAACGAGGCAGGAGUUUGUGUCGAAGUGGUGGUAAGACACAAACAACAUAAGUCUCGAGAAAAAGAGCUUACAAUUACUUGGUGGUCGUGGUGGAAGACGCGAAGGCACAAACAAAACAAGUCUCGAGAAAAAGAGCUUACAAUUACUCAGCCUACUUUUCUCGCAGUACAGCUCUAUACUUGUAUAAGUGGAGAUAGUACCAAGCAGUAUAUCGAUCCCGUAGUUUAUUCACGAAGAAAAAGAUACCAUGAAUCUUCUGUAUUGGUUCACUUUAUAGAACUAUACAAGAAAAAUUACGUGUGCAGAAGUGUGCAGUCGACUACACAUCAACUACGGGCUCAACAACUUUUAAGGUAGGAAAGUGCAAUUAGUUUCACCAACUUUUCUUCGUUCCUGCCCCGAAAGGACACGACAUCCUGGACGACGUCGACUUGUGAAUCCGCAAACUGGAUGGACUUUUUUUAUAAUGGUUUAUGUAUCGUUUUAUAUCGACGAGAAGAGGAUGCCCAUGCCUUUCAACCAAGCUAAGUAGACUCUAAAAAAGGAAGUGCAACAAUUAAGUCCUGCGAGCGACCUCUUGCUAGGUAAAUGAAUGAAUGCACUACUUCAGUCCAGUCUACUAAGAUUUGUCAUCGUGGUGGAUGCCUCCACUUGUCGUGAGACUGAGUGUUCUUCGUGGAGGGAGCGCUUUCUCGAUGAAUCUGCAAGGUGAAGAGAAUCUAAAAGAAUGCAAAUCUUUUCGUCUGAAAUCGAAG